UCGUCAAAUACUUUUUGGACCCGUAUUGGCAAACGGGGCCAUUUCUCUCUCCUCACCAAAACCUCCCCUACUUGUGAGUUGUGUGAAUCCUUAAACCAUAACCCCUCUCUCACUCUCUGUCGACCGCCAAACCCCUACAAAUAACUCUUCAGUCUUCACCACUUCCUUCCUCCGUUCUCCAUCUUCAACCUCUCAAUCAAACCCAAUGGUGAAGAAAAGCAAAAAGAGCAAAAGUAAGAGGGUUACAUUGAAGCAGAAGCACAAGAUUAUACGGAAAGUGAAGGAGCAUCACAAGAAGAAAGCCAAGGAAGCAAAGAAACUUGGACUCCACAAAAAGACCAAGGUUGAAAAAGACCCUGGUAUUCCUAAUGAUUGGCCUUUCAAGGAGCAGGAGCUUAAAGCUCUUGAGGUUCGCCGCGCUCGUGAGCUCGACGAAAUAGAGAAGAAGAAAGUGGCCCGUAAAGAAAAGGCCCGGCUAAAAAAGUUAGGAAAACUUGGAGACACUGAGGAUACACCUCUUGAGGAGGAAAAGGGAGCUGAUCCAUCCAAAGAAUUCAUUAAAAGCCGAGAUAAUUCUGACAAAGCCUUUUACAAGGAGUUAGUCAAGGUCAUCGAAGCAUCUGAUGUUAUUUUGGAAGUUCUAGAUGCCCGUGAUCCUCUUGGUACCAGAUGUGUAGACAUGGAGAAAUUGGUCCUUAACUCGGGUCCCAAUAAGAAGCUUGUUUUGCUCUUGAAUAAAAUAGAUCUUGUACCUCGUGAAGCAGUUGAAAAGUGGCUAAAAUAUCUUAGAGAAGAACUACCAGCAGUGGCCUUCAAAUGCAGCACCCAAGAGCAAAGAUCAAAUUUGGGGUGGAAGUCCUCAAAGUCCUCAAAGACUGCAAAACCUAGUACCAUUCUGCAGACCAGUGACUGCCUUGGAGCAGACACACUAAUCAAGUUGCUUAAAAAUUACUCAAGGAGUCAUGAUAUCAAAAAGUCAAUCACUGUUGGCAUUGUGGGGCUUCCCAAUGUUGGCAAGAGUAGUCUCAUCAAUAGUUUGAAGAGAAGCCACGUAGCUAAUGUUGGUGCCACUCCUGGAUUAACUAGGUCACUGCAAGAAGUUCAGUUGGAUAAGAAUGUAAAGUUGAUGGACUGCCCUGGGGUUGUUAUGCUUAAAUCUGGGCAGAGUGAUGCUUCUGUAGCUCUUCGAAAUUGCAAAAGAAUUGAAAAGCUUGAAGACCCGAUUGCUCCAGUGAAGGAAAUACUAAACCUUUGCCCUGCCGAAGUACUAGUCACAUUAUACAAGGUCCCUACCUUCGAUACAGUGGAUGAUUUCCUAUUCAAGGUGGCAACUGUUAGGGGAAGACUUAAGAAAGGUGGCAUUGUAGAUGUUGAUGCAGCUGCAAGGAUUGUUCUUCAUGAUUGGAAUGAAGGAAAAAUUCCUUAUUAUACUAUGCCUCCACUGAGGAACCAAGGAGAAGUACCUGAUUCCGAAACAAAGAUUGUUUCAGAACUUGGUAAGGAGUUCAAUAUAGACGAGGUCUAUGGAACUGAAUCUACGUUCAUUGGAAGCUUGAAGUCAGUCGAUGAUUUCCAGCCUGUCGAGGUUCCACCAAAUUGCCCAUUGAAUUUUGAUAAACAGAUGCUCGAGGAAGAUCCACAACCGUCAUCACCAACCAAGGAGGGUAAUAAUUUGGAUGAAAAUGGCGAGGAUGAAAUCAUGGAUGCUGAUGAAGAGGAAACAGGAAAGACCAAGGUAAAAAAUACAUCAAGCAAGCAAAAUGAAAAGCUUUAUGAUGCAGAAGGAAUGCUCAACACAAAAAAGCAGCGAGCGGAUAAGAAAAAACGGAAAAAGGCCAGCAAGCAAGCUUCUUCAGAGGAUGCAAUGGAUGCUGAUGGUGAUUAUGAUUUUAAGGUUGAUUACAAGCGAGGAAAAUCAUCUAUGAACAUUGAUGAAGACGACGAUGAGGAUGAAAUCAAAGCUGAGGUGCCAAUGGCUGGCAUAAAAUUUGACGAUGAGUGAUAACACACAUGUCCAGUUUCUUUGAUUCAUUGGCUCAUCCUAGACCUGAUCAUCAUGAGCCAGGCCCGUUAAUUAGCUGAUUUUGGGCAGAUUUUUUAGGCCCGGUCUAAUUUUAAAAUUUUGUUGGUGGGAGUUUGGGCAACUCAAAAUUGAAUUUUUAGUUAUAUGUUGGCUCGGCCGGCCUACUGGGCAGAAUGUUUAAGGCCUGACCCGGCCUGGCCCAUAUUUUGAUCAGGUCUAGCUCAUCCUAAAGUUUUGGUAGUUUUAAAAUUAUGUUAGGAAAUUGCUUUAGACAAAGAAUGCAAAUUAUUCAAAGUUGAUAUGCAUAUUUAUUUGUUGUGAA